AUGUCACUAAAUGAGAAGAUCACAGAGGCCAAAAGCCCUUCACCCAAAGCUGGCCCAGAGGAUUUGCACCGGACAAUAAGGGCGCCUGACGCGUCUCAAUAUUCCACGUGCCCUCUCUGUUUGAGAACUUUUGGCAAUAUGCUAUAUGUAAACCCUUGUUUACAUAGCUUUUGCUUUUCUUGUACAAAGGACUUGUUGGAAACCAAGGCGGAAUGUCCUUGCUGUAAGAAACCUUUCCAUUCUGUUUUUCACUCAGUAAAGGUCAAAGGGCGCCCUGAAGACCUCUCGACCCCGAGGCACGCAAAAGGAGAUUCUUCGCCCACCGAAAAGCACCCCAGAAGAGAACAUGCUUCCUCGCGUUCCAAAAAUCACCCGGAAAAGUGUCCUUCUGUACCUUGCUGCUCUGGAGAUCGCCUCACUCACCCCACGCUUAGUGAAAAAUCCCCUCCCAGACCCAACUUGAAAAGCCCUCACUGGUCUUCUCUUUCUGAGGACCCCGCAAAAGACAACCCGGUCCUAAGUGGAUUCGCAGAACCUCAGGAGCCCCGCCACUCGCCCUUCUUAAGGAAGGAACAAAAUCCAGACCAGCUACUCAAAGAAGCGCUGCAGAAUGAGACUGCAUUAAACUCUGCUCCAGAAUGGAUGGCAUCUGGAGACGGUCUACACUACAGAGCAGUAUCUGCCGAUUUGUCUAAGCCAACCUUUCUAGAAGCCGCCUCCUUGCUUCUCGCUUCUGGGGCCAUGCUAUUCAUAUGUAUUUAUAUCUAUUUAAGUUUAGUCCUCAUACAUAAAUAAUAAAAGACAGUUUUA